UUCACGACACCGUCUUUACGACACCGCACUCCGCUCCUCGUCUCCCUGCUUCAACAUGGCCUCGUCGUUCUGGAAAGGUGUUGUCGGUGUCGGACUCUUCGCUUUAGCUCACGCAGCUUUCUCUGCGGCGCAGCAUCGAUCAUACAUGAGACUCACGGAGAAGGAAAACGAGACACUACCAGUCGAUAUUGUAUUACAGACCUUGUUAUCGUUUGUGAUGACCUGUUAUGGUAUUGUCCACAUUGCUGGAGAGUUCAAAGACAUGGACGCUUCCUCGGAGCUGAAAAACAAAACAUUUGAUACACUGAGGAACCACCCAUCCUUUUACCUUUUCAAUCACCGGGGGCGGGUGCUAUUCCGCUCGCCUGAGGAGGAGCCGUCCUCUGUACGCAACCAGCAGGCUCUUCCCAACCCCAUACGGCUACGCAAGCUGGAGCAUUUGCACUGAGGCUGGCCUCUCCUGCCUGUAACCUCCUCAACGUCAGAUAUUUGUUUUUGUUUAGGCAGAGAGGGAAGUGAGAAUUCAUCUUCCUCUACUUUAAUUUGUAUUUGUACAUAAACUAAUAUGCUGUCCAAACGCGCAUCUCUGUCCAUAAAAGUGGUCACCACCAUAUUCAACACUGACUGUGCCAACCCUUCAAUUUUUCAAGCAGAUUUGUUUGUAUAUACAGUAUGUAAACGCUUUGGAGUCUUAAGAUACAGAGUCAUCUUCCCUUUUUGUCCCUUCUGAACUGAAGUGGGAUCUUGCUGUCCUUUAUAUAUUCUUUGUAUGAGGGGCAUUCAAAAAACGCCUGUUCUGUUACUGUUUCAUUUCAUCUACACGUCAGUCUUCAGGAGCCGUCUGGGCAAAAUAUUGUCAACUGAAAUGAGUUUUGUUGUAUGAACUGGAGCCUUUUGUAUUUCCUUGAUGAUUUCCUGGAAGCAUAGAGGCUCAUUUGUAGAUCCUGUAUACAUUAAAGAGGUUUGAUUUGUGACUGGAAACCGACUCGAGGUUGAAGUGUGAGAACAGAAAACAUUAGGCCCGCCGUUCUAAUGAGACUGAACACUAUGGUGAGCUAGAAAGAAAAGGUACAUUCAUUAGGGUGAAGUUUUAUUUUUUCCUUCAUUUUCCAUUUUAAGAUUUAACAUGUUUUUAAUUUAAUAAAAUGCAUACUGAUUUUA